AUGGAUCUUUCUAAAACUUCAAAUAUAUCAUCUGGGACAUAUAUGAGAGGUAUAACAGAUAUCAAAUUUGCGCCCUAUGUAGGGCUGAUCCUUGGCACAGAAUAUCUGGACAGGUGCAGCAAGACCAUCACUGCCAUCAAGGCGCCUACACUUGCAUCAGCUCGAGUUCCAUCAUCAACCUCCGGAGUUUCUCAUUCGGCACUUGAUGUGCCCAUGGCAAUGGCUAUUCAGGAUGGUGCAGCUCAAAUUGCAAUUCUCGAGGCUCGUGUGGCGGAGCAGGAUGGGAUGGAGCUCACACCCCCAAAACUCGAGGAUCCUCCUGCCAUCAAGGGUCUCAUGUUUGAGCACAGCCAAGUUGAACCCAAGGGUCCACAGACAUCCAUAGAAUAA